AUGCCGUCCAAUGCUCAGUACGACCUCCUCCCUCGCACAUCCUCUGAUUUCGAUCUCGACCCCACCAACGAAUUCAAGGACAAACCACGCCCUCGACGGCGAUGGGGGCUUGCAAGGAAGUUUAGACGAUUCUGUAGGAUCUGCAGGCCGAUUUAUAUACUGGUCGGCCUUUUCAUCCUCCUGCUAUGGCAGGUCCUCUUCAAUGCCUCAUAUACGAAUCCUCCGCCAUUUAGUAUCCCACAUAAUGAGAAGGUGUUCAUCGCAGCGAAUAUCAUCGAUGGAGAUCUGAUUACAGGAACAUGGGGGAAGAGUCUGGUGGAUUUGGUGCAGUUGAUCGGGAAGGAUCGGGUGUUCGUUUCUAUCUAUGGGGGACCUACUCAUGCCCUCGAGGAGCUGGCUGAUAAGCUGGAGUGUCAGACUUCUUUGGUAUCAGAGGAGCUAUCCCCGCUUGAUUUGGACACCAUUCCCAGGACGAUGCUGCCGACAGGGGAGAGUAGGAUUAAGCGGAUUGCAUAUUUGGCGGAGGUUCGCAACAAGGCUUUGGAGCCGCUACAGGUUUCGUUGACGAAGUUCGACAAGGUGCUGUUCAUUAAUGAUGUCUUUUACUCUGCGGAAGAUGCGGCGAGGCUACUUUGGGGCACGAACGUGGACAAAUCCGGCAAGAGUGUGUAUAAAGCGGCUUGUGGAACGGACUUUGUAAGUUCGUGGAAGUUUUACGAUACAUUUGCUACGAGGGAUUCCGAGGGGUAUAGCAUUGGUGUUCCCAUAUACCCCUGGUUUGCAAAUGAAGGAGACGCCAUCAGCAGAAAAGAUGUGCUAGCUGGGAGAGAUGCGGUUAGAGUCAAGAGCUGCUGGGGCGGGAUGACAGCGUUCGAUGCCAGGUAUUUACAGAGGGAUACCAGUGGGUUUAGUAUCAGUGAUGGGGCAGGGAGUAAGAGUUCGAGGAGCACUGGCGAUGUUAGUCAUGCUGGAGAAGUGGAACCACCGAAAAUACCGCUUCGCUUUCGCUCCGAACCGGAACCUUUCUGGGAUUCGAGCGAGUGUUGCCUUGUUCACGCGGACAUCAUGGCCCUCCCAAGUCUCCCAGACUACCCUAAGACAUCUUCGAAGUGGGAUACGGGCAUCUACAUGAAUCCUUAUGUCCGCGUCUCUUAUGAUGCAACGACCCAAAAGCACAUUUACAUCGCCAAGCGGUUUGAGCGGCUCUUCGCCAUUCCUCAAGCCAUCAUCAACCAUUUCGCACACAUGCCUGUGUUUAACGCAAGACGAGCCGAGCUUGAGGGUGAGGUUAUCAAAGAUAGGCUAUGGGUCUCUUUGCUGAAUGACACAAUGGACGUAGAGCUUGAAAGGUCCGAGAAGGAAUUUGGAGGCGAAGAAUCUACCUGGCAAGGCACUGGUGUUGAGCGCCGGGCAGAAGAGACGAGCAAGCCAGUGAAGCGGGAGACCAUUGGAGCCCAGCUCGGGAACGACUACUGGCUGAACAAAGGCUACUAUGUUGAUUACAACAGGACAGCGAUGAGAGGCGCGUAUUGCGGAGUUAGACAGCUGCUCGUUGUGAAGGAGGGUAAGCUCAAAGAGGGUGAGGGAAACUGGGAUAACUUGCUCAAUGAGCUACCGCCACUUGGAUUAUAG